ACCGAUCCAACACACCGUCCUCCCCCUCUCGCCUCGCACCGUCGCACGGACACGAACACGCGAGCCACCGAGCCGGAUCGCACUGACAAGCCGCGGAGGUGGAUCCCGGCGUGGGUUCCUCUUCGACGCUGCCGAUGGACUCCGGCCUCGGCGGCGCGGGUGAGAGCGGGGGCGGCCGGGACAGCCCGUAUGCUCUCGGUGGGGGCGGCGCGUCGGCGGCGGCGUGGACCCGGCUGGUCGGCUCCGGCGUGGAGGACGAGUUGCUGAUCGCGGGUGCGGGGAGAGGGGGAGCGGGCGCCGGAGGUCCGCCGCAGGGGCACUUUUUGGAGGCGUGCUUCCUCUGCCGGAAGCCGCUCGCCAGCAACCGCGACAUCUUCAUGUACAGAGGUGAUAUCCCAUUCUGCACAGAGGAGUGCAGGAGGGAGCAGAUCGAGAUGGACGAGGAGAUGGAGAGGAAGGAGAGCACCCCGAAGAAGGUGGCGCCGAGAGCGCCGUCCCCCAAAGACGUGGAGUCCCCCACGAGGCCUCCCAAGGCCCGGGCCGGGUCAAUCCUCGCCGGCUAACACCAAGAAGGAAGCUCUCAAGCCGGUCUUCCUCAGAAACGAGCUCGUCUCACCACCCCCCUCCCCCCCCCCCCCCAAAAAAAAAACUAAAGAUCGGAUCACCUGUUACCGCCAGGAGUUAUCACUUACAGCUACGUAUAUGGGUUUGUGUUUUUUGUUUAAACCCCUUGCGCCUUUCAUGGCGUUGUGACUUGUCAGUGCCCGCCUAUAUUGCUGAUGAUGUAUAGAGAUGGAAGGAGAGGAGAGAGUGCCGGUGUUUAGGACUUGAGCUCUCUGUGCUGCCGUGUUCGUGUAUGGGUUUUCUGGUCUUCGUUUUGGGGGAUUUUGUGAAUUUCCCUAUGUGGUAGUAGUCGGUGAUGGUGUUAGGUUUAUGGUUUCUAAUGAGCUGAUGAAACAAAUGGCUAUAGAACAAAUAGACAUAUGAAUGGGCCCUUGAGUUUCUCUUGUA